CUCAUUUGAGAAGUGUUGUUCUACAGAAGUAGAUUUUUCCACUCAAGACACAAGAUGACAGCUAUUAAGAUGUUCGCACAUCUGUACACAUGUUUGCUUCUUGGAGUGAUGGCUCAUGCACGAGUUGGGACUGAGCCCUCAGCCAUACAACAGUCGAGUGGUCUCAUGUCAGCCAAUGUUGGGGACACAGUGACUUUGCAGUGCUUCUAUGAAGGCAACAUGGCCAUGCAUUUCUCUUGGUACAAGCAACCCUUGGGAGAAAAACCUCAGGUCAUCUCAACAGUCUAUAGGUAUGACGAGGCUCCUACAUUUUACCAUGAAUUCAAGGGUAACCCUCGAUAUUCAGUGCAAAGCGGCCAAGGAAUAAAUCACCUCAGCAUCUCAGACAUAAAUAGCUUGGAUUCAGCCUUGUACUACUGUGGGAGCGCACACUCAAAUGUGUUGGAAUUUGGAAAAGAAACCUUCCUCAAUAUAAAAGAUUCAGGCUCCAACAGCAAGACAGUUGUAGAGCAGCCUGUGUCUGAGUCAGUCCAGCCAGGAGACUCUGUGACUCUGAACUGUACAAUACACACUGAGACCUGUGCAGGAGAAUACAGUGUCUAUUGGUUUAGACAAGGCUCAGGAGAAUCCCAUCCAGGAAUCAUUUACACCCAUGGAGACAGGAGUGAUCAGUGUGAGAAGAGUCCAGAGGCUGGUUCUCCUACACAGAGCUGUGUCUACAACCUCCUCAAGAGGAACCUAAACCUUUCUGAUGCUGGGACUUACUACUGUGCUGUGGCCUUAUGUGGGGAGAUACUCUUUGGGAAAGGGACCAAGCUGGACAUUCAAGGUGGUGAUAUUCAAGUGGCGACUGAAGCGGAUAUGAGGAUACUUGUCAUCUUCUCCAUCAUAAGAACUGGAGUUCUCCUCUGCUGUCUGACCAUCUUCUUCAUCAUCUACCUCAACAGGAAAUAGAUUAAUUCAAUGAUUCAGCUACUCAGUCCUUUAGCUGUCACAAAUGCAAAUGGUUUUUACUGUCUUUUCAAAUGUUUCAGUGCUCGUCAGCCUUUCGACACGUUGAAAAUGCAGAUAUUGCUGUUCAGAUUUUCAAU